AUGGUCACCACGACCGACACCAGUCAGUGCGCACUGGGCGACGCGGACGGACCGACACCGCCGCAGCUGCUGGAGACCGCCAGGACGGCCGAGUGCUGUCAGUGCAGCAAGACGGACGUCAAGUACCGCUGUCCCCGCUGUGAGCGCAUCACGUGCUCGCUGUCGUGCUGCGUGGGCCACAAGAAGCAGUUUGACUGCAGUGGCAAGCGCGAUCGCACCAAGUUCGUGCAGCUCCAGCAGUUCACCGACGCCGAUCUCUCCAGUGACUUUUUCUUCCUGGAAGAGGUGUCUCGCUCGACAAACAGCGCAGCACGAGCUCGGAACCACUUGAACGCGACAGCGCGGCGCUAUGGAAGCAAUAAGAAGCGCAAAAGUGCAACGACGGAGCAACAGAGCGGACAGCUGUCGCACUGUGUGAACCCGGACGUACCGGCCGACUGGUUGACGCGCUUUCCUGUUGCUGUGCAGCUGUUUGCCAAGCACGCGGCUGAGCGAGGCGUGGCGCUAACGAUCGUUGCACCGGGCAUGAGCAAACGGGCGCGCAACUCGUCGUACAUGGACACGAAGAAAAAGACGAUGUUUUGGCGCGUCGAGUGGCUGUUUCCUAGCGCAGAGGUGCCCGUGAAUCAUUUUGAGGAACGCGCGGAUGAGAAGACGACACUCUACGCGCUGCUUGGCAAGUACCUUUCUCCUACUCAGGAAAAUGUUGCUAUACGUGGAAAGCUGAAGAAGUAUGCAGUGCCUGACUGGGAAAAGCGCGUGUUGUUGCUGCUGCGAAAAGAGUUCACCCCGGCAUCGUGUCCACAGUACUACCGGCUGAAUGGCAACGAGAGUCUAGGAAGUAAUUUGAAGCGAAAGGCGGUGGUCGAGUUUCCGGUCAUCACAGUCACGUUUGUGACCGACGCCAAUGAGUAUCCUGUGGCUUACGAUGUGAUUGAGGCAAUCGACUCGACCGCAGAAGGCCAGCGGUCGCAUGAAGCACGGGAAGUUGAGAGCAAUGGGCCAGACUGCAGGACUUGUCCAGAGUUGCCGAUUACUGGCAACACAAGCAGUGUGGAGAAUCCCAUUUCGCGUGUCGAAGGGAUUGGCAAGGAAGUAGAAGCACCUGAUUAG